UACAGGGUACUUUAUAUGGCAUUUCCCAGCAACUACUCCACUGCUCCAGUCUCUGAAUUCCUCCUCAUCUGCUUCCCUAACUACCAGACUUGGCAGCACUGGCUGUCCCUGCCUCUCAGCCUCCUCUUCCUUCUGGCCAUGGGGGCCAAUGCCACCCUUCUGAUCACCAUCUGGCUGGAGGCCUCUCUGCACGAGCCUAUGUACUAUCUGCUCAGCCUCCUCUCUCUGCUGGACAUGGUGCUCUGCCUCACUGUCAUCCCCAAGGUCCUGGCCAUCUUCUGGUUUGACCUCAGGUCCAUCAGCUUCUCAGCCUGCUUCCUCCAGAUGUUCAUCAUGAAUUGCUUCCUUGCUAUGGAGUCUUGCACAUUCAUGGUCAUGGCCUAUGACCGCUAUGUGGCCAUCUGCCACCCAUUACAAUACCCAUUCAUCAUCUCUGACCAAUUUGUGGCUAGAACUAUCAUCUUUGCUGUGGCCCGCAAUGGCCUCUUUUUUCUCCCUGUUCCAAUUCUUUCUUCCAGACUCAGAUACUGUGCAGAGAACAUCAUCAAGAACUGCAUCUGCACUAACCUGUCUGUGUCCAGACUCUCCUGUGAUGACAUCACCUUCAAUCAGCUCUACCAGUUUGUGGUAGGCUGGACCCUACUGGGCUCUGACCUAAUUUUUAUUGUUGUCUCCUAUUCCUUUAUUCUGAAAGUUGUGCUAAGGAUCAAGGCUGAGGGUGCUGUGGCCAAGGCCCUGAGCACAUGUGGUUCCCACUUCAUCCUCAUCCUCUUCUUCAGCACAGUCCUGCUGGUUCUGGUCAUCACUAACCUGGCCAGGAAGAGAAUUCCGCCAGAUGUCCCCAUCCUGCUCAACAUCUUGCACCACCUCAUCCCCCCAGCUCUGAACCCCAUUGUUUAUGGUGUGAGAACCAAGGAGAUCAAGCAGGGAAUCCAGAAGCUACUGAAGAGGUUGUAAGAGGU